AUGUCGUUCUACAAACGAAAAGACCCACCAACCUCAUCACCCGAUGACGCGAAAAAGCCCAAGAAGAACGGCAGUUUGACAUCCUUCUUCGGUCCUCCCAAGGUUACUCCGAAGAGCGGAGGGGCGUCGCACGAGAAUGGCAUCGCCUCCGCAGCUGCGUCGAGCGAUCCGCCACCGCCAAAGUUCGACAAGGACAAAUGGGUGGCAGGCCUCACGGACGAGCAGAGGAAGCUCCUCAAAUUGGAGAUCGACACGCUGGAUCCCAGCUGGCUGGCUGUCUUGAAAGAGGAGAUUGUGACGCCAGGGUUCCUGGACCUGAAGCGGUUCUUGCAGAAGGAGAUCGAUUCGAAGCAGAAGAUCUAUCCUCCGCUCGAGGAUGUCUAUAGCUGGUCUCGACACUGUCCCCUCCAUAAAGUCCGCGUCGUGAUUCUCGGCCAAGAUCCCUACCACGGCCACAACCAAGCUCACGGACUGUGUUUCUCUGUGCGACCACCCACGCCCGCACCCCCGUCCCUGAAGAACAUCUACAUUGCAAUCAAAAAGGAAUACCCCAGCUUCAGCCCUCCACCCAAGAACGGCGGCCUCCUUACCCCCUGGGCGGACCAAGGCGUGCUCCUCCUGAAUACCUGCCUGACGGUGCGCGCCGGCCAGGCCAACUCGCACGCAGGCCGCGGCUGGGAGAAAUUCACGCAAAAGGUCAUUGACACCGUCGUCAAGCUGCGGACCCGCGGCGUGGUGUUCCUGGCGUGGGGCAUGCCGGCGCAGAAGCGCUGCGAACGCAUCACCGGUGCUCGGCACCUGGUGCUGAAGAGUGUACACCCCUCGCCGCUCAGCGCGAGCAGGGGGUUCUUCGACUGUGGGCAUUUCAGAAAGACCAACGACUGGCUCGAGACACGCUACGGCAAGGAAGGGACCAUCAAUUGGGAUCUGAACUUGCCACCCCCAGAACAGCACCCCAUUAAGGCGCCAGCUCUGCAGGAACCGAUAAAAGUGACCGAGACACAGAAGGAAGAACCCAAAAAUGCCGGGCCUGCAACUGAUUUGCCUGAGACGAACAAGGGAAAGAAAGUCGUGCAGCAGGAUGAGUUUGAGGGGGAGGACGAUGAGGACGCUAUUGCUGCGCUGGAGGAAAUUGCUGCGAAGGAAGAAGCAGAGGCAAAAGAGGCAAAGCCAGAGCUAGAGGACAAGGCCGGCGAGACUGAUAAGCUGAGCACCUGA